GAAGCAUCGGAAGAAAUGGCCGGCUGGAUGUGGCUCCGUUGUAUUUUAGGGCCUCAUUUGCAACGAAUUCAUCGUUCACCGAACCCAUCUCGACUUGAGAGCAGUGCGGGGAGGAAGGGAGGGAAUUACCAACCUAGAAGUUUGGAAAAACCACUCACUCCAUCCUUUCCUGGGUUCGCCUCAGCCCUGUGGUCAUUGUCCUACUACAGCUCUCCUCUUCUGCUCUGCUACCUUUACCGAAAAGGCUUCAUCUGCAGCAGUAAAUUGGUUCCAGUGAGUCAGUAUGUAGGAACAGUACUGGUGUGUCUUCUAGGAGUGGCCUGUCUUAGAGGGUGGGGAAGAUGGAAGAAUUCUGAAUAUGUUCAAUUUGUCUCCAUUCUUGAAGAAACCAAGCAAAAUCACACACCAGGAAACAAGAAAAAAUUAAAGUGCUAUGACUUUGACUUCUCGUGCUGGCCUUCAGAUUUCAGCUGGACAGAAGUCAGCAAUCCGAAACUAUCUAAGGCUGGUGUUUCUCUGCUGAAGCCAGAGCCCAGACUACGAGGAGCAGCAGACAAUAUCCUCAACUCUGUGCGCACUUUGCCAUGUCACAUCAUCAGUUUCCUCAUUGUCCACUCAUUUGGGAGGAGGAUGCUCUACCCUGGCUCUGUGCGUUUACUGCAGAAAGCCAUGAAGUCUUUGCUGGACCAAGGCCGGAAUAAGCUAGUGGAAGAGUUUGACGGUCAGAGGAACAAGCUUGUUGCCUGUGACGGUAAUGAGAUUGACACCAUGUUUGUAGAUCGAAGGAGAGACCGGGGAGAGAAUGGCCAGACUCUGGUCAUCUGCUGUGAGGGGAAUGCAGGCUUCUAUGAAAUAGGCUGUAUGAACACUCCACUAGAGGGUGGUUACUCUGUGCUGGGCUGGAACCACCCUGGCUUUGUAGGCAGCACGGGGAUCCCAUUUCCACAGAAUGAGGCCAAUGCUAUGGAUGUAGUGAUCCAGUUUGCAGUACACAAACUGGGCUUCCAACUCAGUGACAUCGUCAUAUAUGCAUGGUCCAUCGGAGGAUUCACAGCCUCUUGGGCAGUCAUGUCGUACCCGGAGAUCCAGUCAUUAGUGUUGGACGCCUCUUUCGAUGACCUCCUGCCCCUGGCCCUAAAGGUCAUGCCUAGUAACUGGAGGCCACUUGUGCAGUACACAGUAAGACAUUACAUAAACCUCAACAACGCAGAGCAGCUUCUCAAAUACCAGGGACCAGUCCUGCUGAUCAGGAGAACCAGAGAUGAGAUCAUCACAACAGCAGAUACAGAGGACAUCAUGUCCAACAGAGGCAAUGAUCUGCUGCUCAAGCUGUUGCAGUUCAGGUACCCAAAAAUAAUGACAGACGAAGGCAUCAGAGUUGUCAGACAGUGGCUUGCAGCUUCUAAUCACAUAGAGGAAAUGUCUGUGUACAGCGGCUAUGAAGUGGAUGAUGACUGGUGUUCGUCUGUGCUGCAGUCCUAUCAGGCAGACAGAGAUGUUUUGUUUCCAUGGAGUGUCGGUGAGGACAUGACUCUGGAGGGAAGACGGCAACUUGCUCUUUUCCUGGCACGCAAGUACAUGCGAAACUUUGAAUCGACACACUGCACUCCUCUCCCUGCCUCCGAGUUCCACUCACCGUGGAGACUGUGAAGAGAAGAGGAUGAGGACUCAGAGAUGAGAGGAAGUGAAUAGCCUGUGGCCACAGAGUGUUCAUGACAUGGUGUGAAUGUAUUAUUGUGAUUUUGAUCAGAAUUUUUUUUUUUUCUGUAUGUCAAGUGUUGCUGUGAUGGCGUCUGGAAAGGUCUGAGCCCUGUUUCAGGGAACACAUUUGAUAAACCUGGGAUGGAAAAACUCAGAGUUUUCGGUUUCAGAACAGAUGAUCAGAACAUGUGCACUCUGAGUUAAGCACGUCCUUAGCGAAUGACAAUAAACAUUAUCAAUGGAGCUAAGAGGUAACUAUACACCAUGGCAACAAAUAAUCAAACUGCGGACCCACUGUGUAAAUUCAAAACAAAUGUAAAAAAACAUGGAUUUGCAUGCAUUUGUGGAUUGUACACAGAUUUGCCUCAAAUAAGCUAUUUGCAAUAGUGAUAAUAUCAUUAUAGACCUCCUAAUAUUAAUAACUUUGAUCUGGCAAGUCAUGUAUUGUUCUCCAGUCCUUUCCUGAAUAGAUUACAUCUAUUCAGCUCUUUAGUGAACCUGACAGGAACAAAACACAGACGGAUAAGUAGUCUAUACUUUUAUUGACUCUUGAAAUGGAAGAGACCUUUCAAGAGGCAUCUUAGUAAUAGAAAACAUAAAGUGACUCAACAUGCAACGUAAAUGCAAACAUAGGUUUCUGUUUUAAUGUGCCACUUGCAUAUAAACUCGUGUCAUCCUUAAUAACAUACCUGAACUUUCUGUCAUUGCAACUCUGCAUGUUAUGACAGAUGGUGAUUCAUUCAUCAUGUCGAGUACCUGUAAAGUCAUCAUUUACUAUUGGUUUUCAACAAGGAUUCACAGUAUGUUCACUGAUAGUUUUCAUGGAGGCAGUAAGCUGCAGGCACUGAAAAGAUAUCGGCUGUCUGUAUGUGCAUAAAGUCAACUUGUUAGUUUGUAAAAAUCCGCUUGAAAAUGAAGCUGCAUAAUUUUUUAAAUUCUGAACCAAGAGCAAAUCUGUGUUGUGUAAUUUGUAAAUGAGGACAGAGAUCACAGUCUGUUAAUCACUGCAGCAUCAGAAGAAGACCUGGUAAUAACUUAUAAAACAAAUAAUAAACCAUAAAAGCAAGUGGGAUCUCAUUUAACUUUAUGGCUGUAUCCAUGGUUUGGUUUUGUGUGGUUUUAUCAUCUGUAGGGAUGAGGAAAUGAAGUGGCCAAUCAGAGCACUCCUUCAAACAGCAGGAGGGAGGAGACGUGCAGAAACUGGGUUUUACUGCAAACCUGCCUGUGAGCUUGUUAGCUUCAGAGAUGAAAUUGUCACAACAUCCCACUCAGAGUUAAGCUGACUCACUUUGUGGAACCGAAAACCCAGAGUUAACAGACAUUUACAUUAAGCGCUUUACUGCUUCAUGAAACAGGGCCGUGGUCUAUAAAUGCCCCUCCUCUGUCUCCCUCCCCACCCAAAAAACCUACUUAAAAUAAGGUACAUAUUUUCUUUUGACGUUAUGGUGUAGUCAAACUUUUAGUGUUGUCUCUUUAAAAAAAAAAAAAAAACGGCAUUUUGAGGAAAUGCACAAGCCAUCUCACUCCCUCCAUCGCUCCCUCUUUAGCUGCAAUUGCAAAGAUGUAAAAAAAAAAAAAAAAGAUCCUAUUAUUUAAUAUAAAACCAGACAAUCAGAAACUGCAGAUCCUUAGUCCCAUAUCUCAAAAACCACAAAUGUACAUAAUUAAAUUCUUUGAACCUUAAGUCAGAUUCUAAUUCCGUAGUUUCAUGUUUCAAUCUUCAGUUGUUUCUCAUAACAGGGUAGGUGUUAUUAAAGUGUCAGGACUAUUCUCUAGGGAUCCUGCAGUCACAAAAAAAAAAUCAGGAAAAGUCAAGGAAUACUAGAAUUUUCUAGGUCUAAAAAAAAGUCAUGAAAUUCAGUAAAAUUAUCAGAGGGUUUAGAAAGGUCAUGCACUGAAUCGUUAGGAACACAUAUGUGUUUGAAAUCUGUUAUUUUAACACCAAUAUGUGUCAGGCUUUUUAUUUGUCCUGAUACAAACAUUGACUAUGAACCCACAAUUGACACCUGAUAUUUACAAAAAUAACCUUGACAGGUGGAGCAUUCUCAACACUUAGAAACUUCACACAUUUGUCACCUUUUUCAGCCCUGAAGAGUUCACACCCUGGAUAUUGGUAUGCAAUUAAAUUCACAAAAUGGGUGCAAAGCCUUCAGAUUUCAGUAAGAACACUAAAGAGACAUUUUGUCAUUUGACGUCAAGCAUUUUUGCGCAAUUUUGGAUAUGUAUAAUAAUCUAUGGUUAAAUACUUAUGACAGAAAAGGGUUGACAUUCAGUUUUCAUACUGGUACACCUCUGUUCAUGUACUUGCCAACAGUUAGUCUCAGAAAAGCUAUGAGAGUUUGUAAAAAUGUGUGGGAGCAGAGAUUACAGAGUAUGAACAGGUCAUGUUAAAUAAAUGAACAAUGAGUGAAAAACCAAAAGACAGACCGACCUGACUGCAGUACCCUCACAGCGGUAAGGUAAUGAGAGGAAAUGCAUCUUUAUAAAUGCAGCUAAAGAUGUUCAAGGUUCCUUUAUUUUCGCAGACUGUCUUUAUGAAUGCUUUUAAAUGUUCUAUUAAAUAAACUGAAUAAAAUGUU